AAAACGAUACAAACCCGGUUACGGUGAAAAAUCAACGCGGAUUCUAUAACUGACAAUGUAACUCUUUACAUUCUUUCUAAAAAUAAUUAUUACACGCUAUCAGCAGCAGCAGUGAUAUUGCCAAGCAGUGCAUCUUUCCUCCGGAGACGAGCCACCUACGUAGGUGCAUCUUUGAUAUAAAAGUACUAAACCGGAGAAAGUUUUGUUUUGUCCGUCGACAAGCGUGGCUUCAGUUGGUACGAUACUACGAAUCGCAAUAUCGGACGGGUGCGCGUGUGCGGUAGGUUAGACAAGUGAAGCAAGUGCGACCACAGUGAAUGAACCAAAAUGAGCCAAAGUGUUAGAUUUCACGAUGAAAAAUCGCCGCUCAUUGCGAAAGGAUCAUCAUCCAGCGGACUGGUGGAGGGUCCUUCGUGGGUUAGCUACAGAGACAGGCCACAUCGGAACGGUUGCUGCCAACGGCUAUCGAAAUUUUUCAUCAUCCCGCAGCGGGUGAUCCUGGCGAUCUUCGGCUUCCUGGCGAUCCUCAAUGCCUACACGAUGCGAAUCUCGCUCUCGAUCGCCAUCACCGAGAUGGUGAACAAGACGAGCUCGGCGGAGCAGGAGGACGGCGUCUGUCCGAUCGAUGACAACGCCAACCUGGAGGACUACACCGGCGGGGAAUUUAACUGGGACCAGGAGCUGCAGGGCAUCAUCCUGUCCUCGUUCUACUGGGGCUACGUGAUCACGCAUCUGCCCGGUGGUAUACUGGCGGAAAAAUUCGGUGGCAAGUGGACGCUAAGUUUGGGCAUCCUGUCGACGGCGUUCUUCACGUUGAUUACGCCGUGGGCGGUCAGUGCCGGUGGUUCGACGGCGCUGAUUGUGAUCCGAGUGCUGAUGGGUUUGGGCGAAGGCACUACGUUUCCGGCGCUGAGUGCCCUGCUGGCGUCGUGGAUUCCGCUGAAGGAGCGCAGUAAGUUGGGCUCGUUGGUGUUCGGUGGUGGACAGGUUGGCACAAUUUUGGGCAAUUUGAUCUCCGGAUAUUUGCUGGACAGCUUUGAUGGAUGGUCGUCGGUGUUUUACUUCUUCGGAGGAUUGGGAGUUGUAUGGUUCAUACUGUUUACUCUGCUCUGCUACAGUGACCCGGAAUCGCAUCCAUUCAUCAGUGAGAAGGAGAAAGAUUUCCUCAAGCGAGAGCUGGGCUCUCUGACGCGUGACAAAACCCUCCCGCCAACUCCGUGGCGCUUCAUUUUGACGAGUGUUCCGAUGGUGGCGCUGGUUUGUGCUCAGAUCGGUCACGAUUGGGGAUUCUUCAUCAUGGUGACGGAUUUGCCCAAGUAUAUGAGCGAUGUGCUGCGGUUUUCGAUCAAGGACAAUGGACUGUACUCCUCACUUCCGUAUCUGGUGAUGUGGAUCGUUUCGCUCUCGACUGGUGUGCUGAGCGAUUGGUUGAUCACGUCAGGAAAAAUGACAAUCACCUUCGGGCGGAAGCUCUUUACCACUAUUGCCUCUGCUGGUCCGGCCUUCUUCAUCGUCGGAGCCUCCUAUGCCGGGUGCGAUCGAGCGUUGGUGGUCGCCCUCUUCACCAUUGCCAUGGGCCUGAUGGGUACCUUCUACCCGGGAAUGAAAGUCAACCCGCUGGAUCUGAGCCCGAACUACGCCGGAAGCUUGAUGGCCGUUACGAACGGUAUCGGUGCCAUCACGGGCAUCAUCGCCCCGUACGUGGUCGGAGUCCUGACACCGAACUCUUCGUUGGAGGAGUGGCGCAUCGUGUUCUGGAUUUCGUUCGCCGUGUUCCACGUGACCAAUUUGGCCUACGUCCUGUGGGCUUCCGGGGAGGUGCAACCCUGGAACACGCCUCAUUUGAUGAACAAAUCGGUGGAGGCUGGCGACGUGAAUAAGGAUACCUACAGCGAGAAGGAACCAUCAGUUGCUGCCAUCAAAGCAUCUCACUAAAUUGUUGCUGUUUAGAAAUUGUUACAAAUCGUAAUUUAUUCUACCUUAAGGCUUAGUAGCUGAAAAGUAAUGCAGCACCAGGUGCUGUGUAGUAAAGCAGAAUUGUUUGUCUGGCUCGAAGGCAAUUCGUGAAGCGGACUGGACGUUCGUCCCAAAGUUUUGGUUUGGGGCCUUUUCAUCAAGAAUGUCAAAUAGUCAGUAUUUCAAAUAAGGGUGAUAAUCCUCAAUAUGUGAUGCGUCCUUGUAUGAAACGUCCUGCUCUAGUGAGCUAUAUUUUUGAUAAUAAUGAUACCAGUUAGUGAUAGAAAUUAAACAGUUUAUAACGAGCAUCCACGUUACCAUUCCAAAACGAUUGAUCGAUGAAAGUCACUAUUAGCAUGUAUCUUUAGUUAGGAAUUCUUAAUGUACAUAGAACUUGAUUUGUUCAGAAAAAGUAUUACGAAUUUAAGGGAACAUUUAUGAUUGCGACGCAUAAUUUACAUUCCUCCAAUAGAAGCACUGAAGAAACGGAUGGCAGUCGAUGUAGAGGGGAUCACAGUCGAAGGCUAAUAAACAACAUAAAUAGGUACAAAAGAAGGGCUUGUUUAAGAAAAUAAUUUGCUGGAGAAUAUUGCAAAUAGACCAAAUGAUUAUUGAAUUACUCACCAUUGGAUACAUUUAUCGCAGCCGGAGAAAAGUUUAACACAGAUGUCGAAUCCCAGAAUUGAAUCAAGAGUGCAAAGGUCAGAAAACAUUUCAUAAUAAGAUAUUCUCUCAACAUAAUCGUAAUAAAAACGCAAACGAAGAGGCUCAUGUCAGCAGCCAACUAAUGCACAACGAGAAAAGUCAUCAGCCAAGUGCCACUGAACUGAAAAAUUUCCAAUUUUACAUACUGUAUGUUUUUGUUUUUCUGUAAAGAUUAACUUGAAAUAAAUACUUUAAUAAUA